CGUGCCACCAAGCAAAAGACAAAGUGCUGUUAAUAUCUACCCCCAAGCAUCGGCAGGGGAACCAUACCACCUCAGCCGAGAAACUGGGUCUGGGGCCAUGGCUUGCUCCGGAGUGCUGACCUUUUCUGCAUCACCCUUAAUACUGCACUCAGAAGACUCAUCUACUUCUAAGGUAUGCAAAUGCAAAGGCAAAGCCACCUCUCUUUCUUGCUCUUCGAAUUCUGCCGCUACUACUACCGCCACUAAGAGUAACGGGAAUUGUUCUCAGCCUGUGAAUGUUAAGACUAUUAAUGAUAGUAACGAGAGUGGUGCUCGGAAAUUUUGCUACAGUAGAGCCUCUCCAUCAGUGAGAUGGCCCCACCUAAAAUUCACCGAGACGUACCCAUCUUCUCAGGCUCAGUCCACAGUUGCAUCUCCUACAAUGACCCAUGUCGUCGAGGAUGUCGGUUUUCCGGUAAAGACCCUGGAUUCUGGGGCCAAAGAAGAAACCCGGGAGGUGGAUGGUAUGGAAUCUUCGCCUAUGAAUGGGAACGAUGAAAACCAGCAAGCGUUGGGGAGGCCUAGCAAGACUAGGGUGAAGAAAAUGUCCAAAUUGGCCCUCAAGAGAGCCAAAGAUUGGAGGGAAAGAGUGAAAUUCUUGACUGAACGGAUUAUACGACUGAAACCGGAGGAGUUUGUCGCUGAUGUGUUGGAUGACCGGCAGGUUCAGAUGACGCCCACCGAUUUUUGCUUUGUGGUGAAAUGGGUGGGCCUGUCGAGCUGGCAGCGCGCAUUGGAGGUGUACGAGUGGUUAAAUUUGCGACACUGGUACGCCCCGAAUGCGCGGAUGCUUGCGACCAUCUUGUCCAUUCUUGGAAAGGCUAAUCAAGAAGCCUUAGCAGUGGAAAUUUUCACCCGGGCGGAGCCUACGGAGGGUAAUACAGUCCAAGUGUUUAAUGCCAUGAUGGGUGUUUAUGCAAGGAAUGGCCGGUUCGACAAGGUCAAAGAACUGCUUGAUACAAUUCGCAAAAAAGGGUGUGAGCCUGACCUUGUGAGCUUCAAUACCCUGAUAAAUGCCCGUUUGAAGUCCGGUGCUAUGGUACCAAAUUUGGCCAUUGAACUCUUGAACGAGGUAAGGAAGUCACGGAUUCGGCCUGAUAUAAUUACUUACAACACCCUUCUCAGUGCUUGUUCACGUGAAUCAAAUUUGGAGGAGGCUAUGAAGGUUUACAAUGAUAUGAAGAUGCAUAAUUGUCAGCCUGAUUUAUGGACCUAUAAUGCCAUGAUUUCAGUGUAUGGUAGGUGUGGACUGCCUAGCAAAGCUGAGCAGCUCUUUAAGGAUUUAGAAUCAAAAGGGUUUUUUCCUGAUGCAGUGACGUACAAUUCUUUGUUAUAUGCUUUUGCGAGAGAAGGGAAUGUAGAGAAAGUGAAGGAGAUUUGUGAAGAGAUGCGGAAAGUGGGGUUUGGUAAUGAUGAAAUGACGUACAAUACUGUUAUCCACAUGUAUGGAAAGCAGGGUAAACAUGAUUUAGCGUUACAGCUUUACAAGGACAUGAAAAAUUCUGGCCGAAAUCCUGAUGCAAUUACAUACACAGUUUUGAUUGAUUCGCUUGGGAAAGAAAGUAAGAUAAUGGAGGCUGCAAAUGUGAUGUCAGAGAUGUUGAAUGCUGGAGUUAAACCCACUUUGCGGACUUAUAGUGCUUUAAUGUGUGCGUAUGCCAAAGUGGGGAAGCUAGUAGAGGCCGAAGAGACAUUUGAUUGCAUGCGUAGAUCUGGAAUCAAACCUGAUAAUCUAGCGUACUCAGUUAUGUUGGAUAUCUUUCUGAGGUUCAAUGAGACAAAGAAGGCAUUAGUGUUGUAUCGGGAAAUGGUGCAUGAUGGCUUCAUGCCGGAUCAUGCUCUUUAUGAGGUGAUGCUACGAGUACUUGUGAGGGACAACAAAUUGGAAGCCAUGGAAAAAGUGAUCAGAGAUAUUGAAAAAGUAUGCAAUAUGAAUCCACAAGUUAUCUUUUCUAUCCUUGUCAAGGGGGGAUGCUAUGACCAUGCUGCUAGAAUGUUGAGAUUUGCCAUCAGCAAUGGCUAUGAACUAGACCGUGAUAAUUUGUUAUCGAUCUUGAGCUCGUAUAGUUUGUCUGGUAGGCACUUAGAAGCACGUGAAUUGCUUGAAUUCUUGAGAGAACAUGCUCCUGGCUCAAAGCAACUGUUAACUGAAGCUCUGGUUGUGAUACUUUGCAAGGCUAAUCAAUUAAAUGCUGCCUUGGACGAAUAUAGUAAUGCUAGGGGGUUUGGUUCGUUUAGUGGAAGUUCUACCCUCUAUGAAGCCCUGAUUCAAGGCUGCAAAGAAAAUGAACUCUUUGGUGAAGCUUCUCAGAUUUUCUCUGACAUGAGAUUCUUUGGUGUGGAACCUUCUGGAUAUAUUUACCAAAUUAUGGUGCUCAUAUAUUGUAAGAUGGGCUUGCCCGAGACUGCUCACCAUUUGGUUGAUCAGGCAGAAACAAAAGGCAUUUCGUUUGACAAUGUCUCCAUUUAUGUAGAUAUUAUUGAGGCAUAUGGGAAAUUGAAGCUAUGGCAGAAAUCAGAAAGCUUGGUCGGCAAUCUUAAGCAAAAAAGUACAACAGUGGACAGAAAGCUUUGGAAUUCUUUAAUACAAGCUUAUGCUGCAAGCGGCUGCUAUGAGCGAGCCAGGGCUAUUUUUAAUACAAUGAUGAGAGAUGGCCCUUCCCCAACUGUAGAUUCCAUAAAUGGUCUAUUGCAAGCUUUAAUUGUUGAUGGGAGAUUGACCGAGCUUUAUGUGGUAAUUGAGGAGUUGCAAGAUAUGGGUUUUAAGAUAAGUAAAAGUUCUAUUCUUUUGAUGCUUGAAUCAUUCACUCAAGCUGGAGACAUAUUUGAGGUGAAGAAAAUAUACCAUGGAAUGAAGGCUGCCGGUUAUUUUCCGACCAUGCAUCUUUAUAGGAUUAUGAUUGGGUUGUUUUGCAAGGGAAAACGAGUAAGGGAUGUCGAAGCCAUGGUCGAAGAGAUGGAAGAGGCAGGGUUUAAACCUGAUCUUUUAAUAUGGAAUUCUAUACUUAAGUUAUAUGCAGGAAUUGAGGAUUUCAAGAAGACUGUUCAAGUGUACCAGCAAAUUAAAGAGGCUGGAAUUAGUCCAGAUGAUGAUACUUUCAAUACUUUGAUUAUAAUGUACUGCAGGGAUCGUAGACCAGAAGAAGGUUUGUUACUGAUGCAUGAAAUGAGAAGGCUGGGUCUGGAACCUAAGUUGGACACCUACAAAAGCAUGAUUGCAGCAUUUGGCAAGCAGCAGCAGCUGGAACAAGCAGAGGAACUUUUUGAAGAGUUGAGGUCAAAUGGAUGUAAAUUGGACCGCUCAUUUUUUCAUAUAAUGAUGAAAAUGUAUAGAAAUUCUGGAAAACAUUCCAAAGCAGAAAAGUUAUUGAGCAUAAUGAAAGAGGCAGGAGUAGAACCCACCAUUGCGACAAUGCACCUCCUCAUGGUUUCUUAUGGCAGCUCUGGACAGCCUCAUGAAGCUGAAAAAGUGCUUGACAAUUUGAAAGCAACGGGCUUAAGUCUUGAUACGUUGCCAUAUAGUUCAGUUAUUGAUGCUUAUGUCAAGAAUGGAGAUUAUAAUGCUGGAAUCCAAAAGCUCAUGGAGAUGAAGGAAGAAGGCGUGGAGCCAGAUCAUAGAAUAUGGACAUGCUUUAUUAGGGCUGCAAGUUUGUGUGAGCGCACAAGUGAAGUCCUUGUCCUCUUAAAUGCACUGCGGGAUGCUGGGUUUGAUCUUCCCAUCAGGCUUCUGAUGGAAAAAUCUGAGUCACUAGUUUCAGAGGUAGACAAUUGUCUUGAGAAACUAGAACCCAUGGGAGACAAUGCUGCCUUUAAUUUUGUCAACGCUUUGGAGGAUCUGUUGUGGGCAUUUGAACUCCGGGCUACUGCUUCGUGGGUUUUCCAAUUGGCGAUCAAGAGGAACAUUUAUUGCCACAAUGUAUUCAGAGUAGCUGACAAGGACUGGGGUGCUGAUUUUAGAAAGUUGUCUGCUGGUUCGGCUCUUGUUGGUCUUACUUUAUGGCUUGACCAUAUGCAGGAUGCAUCGUUGCAGGGUUACCCAGAGUCUCCAAAAUCGGUUGUUCUGAUAACAGGGACGGCAGAAUAUAACAUGGUUUCACUCAAUAGCACACUGAAGGCUUGCCUUUGGGAGAUGGGUUCCCCUUUUCUGCCUUGUAGAACAAGAAGCGGGCUCCUAGUUGCUAAGGCACACUCUCUUAGAAUGUGGUUAAAGGACUCACCAUUUUGUUUGGACCUUGAGUUGAAAGAUGCCACAUCUCUUCCUGAGUCAAACUCGAUGAAGCUCGUUGAAGGAUGCUUCAUUAGACGUGGCCUUGUUCCUGCAUUCAAGGACAUUACUGACAGACUUGGACUAGUUAGGCCCAAGAAGUUCGCCAGAUUGGCUCUGCUAUCGGAUGAGAAAAGAGAGAGAGCUAUUCGAGCUGACAUAGAAGGUGCAAGAGAGAAAUUGGAAAAACUGAAGAAAAAGGCUGAGUUUGGGAGAAUGAAAAAGAACAAGAAACUUAGAAAUAGGAAAUAUAUUGCGAGAGCCCAGCUUUCAACUGCUGAAGAGAUUUGAUUGGAAAAACAAGCUUGGAAAUAGAGUUUCUAAAUGAAAAGAUGGCAUGAAUCUCUUGUAGUCUUACUAAGUUAUUCCUUCUUCCAUUUCACUUAUGUUAUGAAUGGAACCAGCAAGCCUUGAGGCUAGUGGGUGUUUUCUUGUCUAUCAUAUGAUAGAUGAGUAAACAUGCAAUUGAACUUCCCGGGAAGCAAGCAAAAUUGAGGAAAAAAGGUUUCCUUUUAUUAAUUGUUGCAAAUUUUUCUUUAAAAAGUUUUUGUUCAUUCUUUGAAUCUUUGGGUUUUUGACAUGUUACAUGUUAACUUUUCCUUUCAUGUACUUCUAAAAAAAAAAAAACUUUUCCUUUCAUGCGUUCUAUUCAUGUGGGUUGUCCUCUGUUUUUGAUUAACCUUAUCCAUAAGAAAGGGAACAAUCACUUUUUGAGCAUAGGAAUAAUGCAUUUUUUAUCAGCCCAAAUAGAAGACCUCUCUCUGUUGUAUCUUCCUUGGGGAGAAAUAAAAAAAGAUAAAAAUUGUUCUAUCCCUUGAAUUAUCCAUGUAUCUUCUUCAUUUUCAUUGAAGAUCGACACUUCAGAGUGUCGCUGACAAUGCUGAUGACAGUUAAGCCAUGGCAGUUUCUUGUUUUGAGCUUCAGCCCUGAAAGUCAAUGUUAAGACGGUCUCCAACAAUGCUGGUGACAGGUAAGCCAUGGAAUUUUCCAAACAAGUUGGUGGAUGCUUUUCAUUGAGCCGGCAUCAAUCUUGAAAUGCUCUGGGUGGGUAGCUCGCUCUACAGACAUUCUCAUUUGGAAAAGUAGGGCAAAAAGCAGUUAUGCGGUAUUCACAGUAGCAUUCGAAGAACUUACAUACUCCCCGGAAUGCAUGUUCCCAUUUGAGGCAUUGCUUGCUGCAAUGAGAUGAUGACAUGAGGCAAGCCCCGGACCAUGUUCUGUUUCGCCGACGACAACAAUCAGGAUCCCUCUCUGCUUUCAAUGCUGUAUAUGAAAAAGAUAGCCGGGAAACAACAUAUAGAGAUCUUUAUGGCUCGUAAAAUGCACAAAAAAUAACUAGAUGUAGAGGUUCCAAGUCCAACAGAUCAAU